AUGCUUGACCCUCUCAGCGCCAUCAGCUUGGCUUCUGCUAUCGUUCAACUUGUAGACUUCAGCAGCAAACUCUUGAUCGAAGGCUAUGGCAUAUACAUAUCCGAGACUGGCGCGACAGAAGAGGCCCAGGAGGUGCAAAGGGCUACUGAAAGGCUCCAUGAGCUUGCCAAUCGCCCGUCCGGUCCACGGAGAGUAUGGAAGACUUCAGAGGAGCUUGCUUUGUGGGAACUGGCAGCAGAAGCUCAGCAAGUAUCAGAACAGCUGCUAGAUCUGCUAGAAGACUGCAAGAUCAGCUCGGCGGGUCUCAUGCACACCUGUGAUGCUGUACGCAAAACUAUCAAGCGACAUGUCAAAGCAGAAAAAGAUGAUCAGAGCGCUGUUAGACAGUCUCUCAAGAACAUCGAGGUCACGAGCGAGAAGUUGCGUGCUCUGCAAAUGAAUCGCAUCGGGAAUCGUACGCGUGAGCUUCGGACAGUACUGGAACGUCAAGGCAACUCGAAGCAGGCAUUGCUGUCAUCGAAUAAGUCGAGCAGCGAAGCACAGGCAGCAGCCGCCCAGCGCUUAGAGGCGCCCCUGCAGAAACUCGACGAGAAGCUCACGGCGUUACAGCAGGAAGGAGCGGCUCUUACAACCUCAAAAUGUAUCCUCGAUAGCCUUAUGUUCGCUGAAAUGCACCAGCGGAAAUGUGACAUCCACAAGCAGUACCCUGAUACAAUCUCCUGGAUGUUUGACGAGGUCCGCACGCCAUUCAAGACUUGGCUUUCUUCAGUCAGUGGUAUAUUUUGGGUUUCUGGCAAAGCGGGAAGUGGCAAGUCUACCCUGAUGGAAUACAAGACGGACAGCGACCAGGCCACUCAUACACUGCACCAGUGGGCCAGGAGCAAGCAGAAAGACCUCGUCAUCGGCAGUUUUUACUGCUGGAAUGCUGGCAGCGAUAUGCAGAACUCACAAGAAGGCCUUCUUCGAAGUCUUGCUUACCAAACUUUCCUGCAGUGCCCAGACAUGAUCAAGCAAGCAGCGACAAAGAAGCGCCGGCAUGCUCCAGAUAGUUACCAUGCAAGUCCUCGACCGUGGGAACUAGAUGAGCUGUGCGAGACCGUCGAGAAUAUUGCACGGCAUAGCAAAACGUUAUCAAAAUGCUUUUGCUUUUUCGUGGACGGUCUUGAUGAGUACAAUGGCCAUAACUUCACCACUCUUAUCGACCUCUUUGAUGAAUUGACGGUCUCCGACAGCGUCAAGAUGUGCGUCUCGAAGCGCCCAUGGACGGUGUUCGAGGCCACUCAUGGCAACGACAAGUCGGAGAAACUUGCACUGCAAGAUCUCACGGUUGGUGAUAUGGACAAGAACAUCAACGGAAUGCUCGGAAAGAAUCGCGAAUUUCACAAGCUCACUCAAAGGACUCCCGAGGCUUGGCUAUUGGCAAGAACGACCCGCGAACGCGCAAAAGGUGUCUUUCUCUGGGUGUAUCUCGUGUUGCGACGUCUGCUUCGCCUGCUUGAAGAAAGACUCAAGGAUCCGGAUCUGCUGCAGGCUGCUCUGGAUGAGCUGCCCUCCGACCUGGACAAGUAUUUCAGAGAUAUCAUCGACACCAUUGAGGUUGCACAUCGUACCCACACCGCCGGUAUCUUUUCGCCGGCCUUGUAUGCUGCGCCUCUACCACUGAUCGCUUUCUGGUUCUUACCUUCGGUUCUGAGGGACCCUGAUGCAGUUUACAGCUUGCCCAUUGGCUGUGCCGACGAGGAUGACGCUGACGACGGGAGUCUUGUCAGUAGGACCAUGGAAGCCAUCAAUUCCUGGUGCAAAGAUCUGCUCGAGGUGCGCAGCACUAAAGCCGCAGCCGACAUCGUGAACGAGCGAGACUACCAGAUCGACUUCCUCCACCGGACAGUUCGUGACUUUCUCUCUACGAACGGUGAAGUUAGGCGCAUAUUUGCCGAUAAUCUAUCACCAAAUUCUAACGCUGGCCACACGCUGACCUGUCUAUAUGUUGUGCAAGCAAUGACUGGCCGGCCUAGGUCUGCAGAUUCGAAGGAUGUAAAGGCUUUCGCAGUCGCCGUACUCUACGUUAUGAUGAUCGCAAGACGUUCCGAGCUUGCCAAGAUUCCUGUCAGCCCACGAAUGCUUGAUUACGUUAGCGGCGAGAUGAUGCUUCCCUGCAAAGACUGCGCCAUUGGCUUCAUUCUUGUCUGCAGCUGCUCUGCGCGGACCAUUCGGACUACGCUGUUGGAGAAGGGCGCUUCUUGGGCGUUGCAGUGGCAUGUGACUUGA